UAUCUUGCUGGGGUCAUCAUUCAGCAGACUACACGAGACCCUGACUUGUUGGAUGAGCAGGCCCCCCUGGAAGAGUCAGCCGUGUGAGAUGGUGCAGCCCAGUGGCGGCCCGGCAGGGGACCAGGACGUGCUGGGUGAAGAGUCUUCUCUGGGGAAGCCAGCUAUGCUCCACCUACCUUCUGAGCAGGGUACUCCUGAGAGCUUCCAACGCUGUCUGGAGGAGAAUCAAGAGCUCCGAGAUGCCAUCCGGCAGAGCAACCAGAUGCUUCGGGAGCGCUGCGAGGAGCUGCAGCGUUUCCAGGGCAGCCAGAGGAAGGAGAAGGAGUUCCUCAUGCAGAAGUUCCAGGAAGCCAGGAAACUGGUAGAGAGACUGAACCUGGAGAAGCUCGACCUGAGGAGGCAGAGGGAGCAGGCCCUGCAGGAGGUGGAACAUCUGAAGAGAUGCCAGCAGCAGAUGGCUGAGGACAAGGCCUCUGUGAAAGCCCAGGUGACAUCCUUGCUGGGGGAGCUCCAAGAGAGCCAGAGUCGUUUGGAGGCCGCCACCAAGGAGCGGCAGGCUUUGGAGGGCAGGGCCCGGGCUGCCAGCGAGCAGGCCCGGCAGCUGGAGAGUGAGCGGGAGGCGCUGCAGCAGCAGCACAGCGUGCAGGUGGACCAGCUGCGCAUGCAGAGCCAGAGCGUGGAGGCGGCCCUGCGCAUGGAGCGCCAGGCUGCCUCGGAGGAGAAGCGGAAGCUGGCCCAGCUGCAGGUAGCCUAUCACCAGCUCUUCCAAGAGUAUGACAAUCACAUCAAGAGCAGCAUGGUGAGCAGUGAGCGAAACCGAGGAAUGCAGCUGGAGGAUCUCAAGCAGCAGCUCCAGCAGGCCGAGGAGGCCCUGGUGGCCAAACAGGAAGUGAUUGACAAGCUGAAGGAAGAGGCUGAGCAGCACAAGAUUGUGAUGGAGACCGUCCCGGUGCUGAAGGCUCAGGCGGAUAUCUACAAGGCCGACUUCCAGGCCGAGAGGCAGGCCCGGGAGCAACUGGCAGAGAAGAAGGAGUUCCUGCAGGAGCAGCUGGAGCAGCUGCAGAGGGAAUACAGCAGGCUGAAGGCCAGCUGUCAGGAGUCGGCCAGGAUUGAAGAUCUGAGGAAGCGGCACGUGGAAGUCUCCCAGGCCCCCUUACCCCCUACCCCAGCUCACCCCUCCUUUCACCUGGCCCUGCCCAACCAGAGGAGAAGCCCCCCCGAGGAGCCGCCUGACUUCUGUUGCCCCAAGUGCCAGUAUCAGGCUCCUGAUAUGGACACCCUGCAGAUACAUGUCAUGGAGUGCAUCGAGUAGGGGCUGCCUGCGGGGGACCAGCCUGCCUGCUCCCGCCUUACGGGCUGGGUGACAGAACGGGCCACUUCUGUGAGCCCCACGAGCUAGCUCUAGGACCUUACGCUUCAGCUCCCCCAUCUGUUGGUUUGCCUCUGUUAGGGUACAUGGAACCCGCUAGGCCUGAUGCUCUGCCCUUCUUGUUUGUGCCGUCUGCUUGAACCGCUUGCCUCUGGGGCUCCCUUGCUUUCCACCUGCACGGGCGAAGUCAAGAAUCGAGGCCAGGGCUCCCCCAGAACUUCUCGAGCCAACACAGGCAGAAGCCUUUCCUCGCACACGAGCUCCCACGCGCCGUGGCGCCAGGGCCCUCGUGGGCCGUGUGGUAUUCCGCCAGUAGACGUUGUUGCCACUCUUGUGUUGUCACAAAGCGAACGUCCUUGUGCAUCACUUAUGUGUAUCUCUGGGUCGGAUUCUUAGAAGCUGCACCACUGAGCAGCUGCAGACGGGUUAGAUGGGCCAGUACGUUGUCCCUGCUUCCUCAGAGCCUUGCCCACAGGAGGGGUGUCCAGCCUGUGGGCUUUGCCAUCUGUCAGGCAUGUGUUUCUCUAUUCAGAGUGAGCCUGAAGGAUCUUUUCCAAUUCUGCUUAAUGGCUUGUUUGUAUUUUCUGCUCAUUUUUCUGUUGGGCUGUUAGUCUUUUGUUCCUCGGUGUGUUUGAGCUCUUUGGUCAUUAGUGGGAUCGGCUCUUGUGUAUGAUAGAAAUUGCAAGUAUCUUCUUUUACUCUGACUUGGACUUGAAGUUGGUUAUCUAGGCGUGGCCACGCUUCUCCACCUUUCCUUCACUGCUUUGGGUUUACCAUGGUUGUGACCGGCUCGUGGCUUGACGGGGAGACGCUUCCCACAUGUACACUUGCCGUUUCCUUUUCCUAACACCACAGCAUGCCGUUGUCCUCCCUGAGCAUGUUGCUGCCUAGCGUGAGCGGUGGUGACUGUGUUUGAUCACGUUCCAGAAGCUUGUGAUGCUGUUCCCCGCACCAGCCCCAUAUGCCCCAGCCUUUUGAAGGGAAGCCACUUGGUGAUGAUUGGCAGGUUAUGAACACUAGAGGGCUCCUUACUGUUGUUUUGCAAGAUUCUGGAUGUUUCCUUGAUGUCAAAGCCAAGGGCAUUAAGCCUGUGAUUGUCAGAAAAGGAUGUUGGAAGCAGAGGAAGAAUGCCCCAGCCUCCCCUGGCCCUCCUCCAUCUUCCCCUGGUUGGGAACAGGAUGUCGCUGAAGACAGCCCGGCUGGCAGCCUGCUGUGAAGACGAGCCUGGGCGGGGGGCUUGCCUGGCAUGUAUAGGAGCGGGAGCCCCUUCUCCAUUUCCUGGAGCCCAGAUGUCUAAUUGCAGAUGAUCGUCCUUUGGGAAGAUGUUAAAGGCACAAACAGGCUCCCCACUUCUGGGUGCUGCAUCCCAAUCCUGAUCCUGUAGUUUUUCUGUAAGAGCACUUUUAGUUUUGGGGGGAUGUAUGAAUUUCCCACGGCCACUGUAACAAAUGAUCAACUUGGUGGCUUAAAACAACAGGAAUUCAUUCUUUCAUGGUUCUUUUUUUU